AUGAAACAUUUGUUCUUUACUGGCUUUCUUGUCGUGGUGAUUUUAGGGGUUCUAGUUUAUGCUGUGAUUUCAGCGCAAAAACGUAUGCAACGAACUACUGCGGGAGAAAUUACAAUACCAGAGUUUAGAAUUGUAGGUGUAAAAUUCGAAAUACCAGAAAAAUCGGUAGUGAUAGAGAAUAGCAGAAAAUGUACUGCACACAAUCGCGUACCAUGUAAACUUAACGACGUAAUAACUUUCAUGGAUUGUCAAGAAUUAUCUGUGAAGUGCUAUCACUUCAAGGAAAAUACAAAAUUUAUUGAGAAUGGUAAGGAAUAUGAAAUUCCGAAAAAUGAGACAAAAAACGAUGGCUAUCUUUUACCAAUUAAUAAAGAAGCUAAUUGCAAUAUUUAUCAUGGUAAUUUGGUGCUAAUUUCAAUUAGUCCCAAUGAAACAGAAUACUUAAUGAUGUGUGAAUGUAAGAAUCCAGGUUACGUAAAUAAAACUAGUCUCUUAGGUGCUUGCGAUGACGCCCAAAUUUGUGAUGGCCAUGUUAAAGACAUUAAUAAGCCGGUUGAAAAAAUUGAGUGUAUCUGCCGUAAAGGCGAGAUAAAUAAAGUUUACGAAAACGAAAAAGUCCCCACCUGCAAACCAAUGACAGUGCAGGAAGCAAAUAAAGAGUAUGCCGAUUGGACGAGUCUAGUACUGUGGAACUCUAAUCGUCUUCUUCGCCUCAAAAAUUUUCACCCAAGCAUUCAUACAGCAGUACACGUCAAACAUUUGCUCGACCCAUGUGCUAGCUCCCUCAAUGAUUCCACAAUUCCUAUACAAAAUGGCUAUUUUGAUCCAUCUCUAGGAACGUGCCGUUUUUCGGAUUUUGGUAUUCCCGUGCACAGAGGAAUAUUCGAUGAUAGUAGAAUCCAGAAUGAGUCUCGAUGCUCUAUUGACGGGGCUUUGGCGACAACUAUAUAUAAACGUAUUCGCAUUACUGAUCAUUUGACCGAUAAAAUGCAUCGACAACGUCGUCGAAUAACAACUAUUCAAACCUCUCUAAAAACUGUGUCCAAAUUGAACAAUACAGAAAUUACCAUAGCAAUACCUGAUAAUAUUCAUUUUAGCCGCACAGCUCAGCUUUUCAUGAGUAUACCCAAAGAUAUUUACGCUUGUAAGUGCACGGCCGGUAUCUUCACUUAUAGAUGCUUGAUUGAGAGAAAAGGACAUUAUAUUUCGAAUGGUAUUCCCAUACCAAUAUAUCAUUCGCCGUUACUUUGGUGGUGGACAGAAUGGAAAGAACUUGAAGGUCUUAACCGAGAGAUUACCGCCGGUGGCCAUGGCAAUGGUGUAGAAAUAAAUAUGGAGAAAUUGGUUACAGCUCCAUUGCUUCAAUUCUAUGGAGUAGAAUAUGGUCACAUGUACAGUGGAUUAAUUUCCUUUAAUAAUGAGGCAGCUUUUGAACUUCAUGCACGUGCUGCAACUAAUUAUUAA